AUGGAUGCAGCAAUGCUGCAGCGGACGAAAAAGAGCCAAAUGCUUGAAGAUCAUGGUGGUAAGGACAGGGCAUAUAGAUUCAAGAUCCUAUUACCAAAUGGCACAAGCGUUUGUUUGACAUUUCAAAAUCCUAAGCCCACAAUGCCAUUUGGAGAUUUCAUUCAAAGGCUGGAAGAGGAAUACUCUCUCACUUAUAGACAAUUCAGCUCAGGGAAGCAGAAAAGGGAUAUUGAUUGGAAAGGUGGUUGCUUAUUUCUUGAAGAUGCUAAUGAUAGGAAGAUAAGAGGUGAAAUGAAUUUCAAGAACUUCAAGCCACAUGAGUGUCAUAUUCUAAAGCUUCAUGAUGGUUCCCAUGAGUGUGCUUAUACUUUUGAGAAUAUGUGGGAUCUGACACCUGUUACUGAUAUACUAAAAGAAUUACCAGAAGAGUACACAUUUGAGACUGCUAUGGCAGAUUUGAUUGAUAAUUCCCUCCAAGCUGUUUGGGCAAAUGACAGGAGACAUAAGAAACUUAUAAGUGUGGAUGUGGCUGAUGAUGUGAUUUCAAUUUUUGAUACUGGCCCUGGGAUGGAUGGAAGCGAUGAAAAUUCUAUAGUGAAGUGGGGAAAGAUGGGUGCUUCACUUCACAGAUCUUUAAGAGAACAGGCGAUCGGGGGCAGACCUCCGUACUUAACGCCAUAUUUUGGAAUGUUUGGUUAUGGAGGACCUUUAGCAUCUAUGCAAUUAGGGAGGCAUGCAUUAGUUUCUUCCAAGACAAAGGACUCCAGGAAAGUGUAUACAUUGCAUCUUGACAGAGAGGCUUUACUCACAGGGUCAAACUCUAAUAUUCAAAAGAAAAGAAGAGGGUCAGACUCUGAUUCUAAUUGGAAGACUGAUGGUGGUAUGAGGGAUCCUUUAGAAGAUGAAAUUAGCAAAACUCCACAUGGAAGCUUUACUAAGGUUGAAAUUUUUAAACCUAAAUCGAAAUUGGACAUAUCUCAACUCCAAUGCAAGCUGAAGGAUAUAUAUUUCCCAUAUAUUCAGUGUGAUGAAGAAUCCAAAUCAGGGAAGACCAUAACGCCAGUAAACUUUGAGGUUAAUGGUGUUGAUUUAGCUGAGAUUGAAGGUGGGGAAAUUGCAAUUACGAACGUUCAUUCAUGCAAUGGUCCUGAUUUUGUUCUACAGCUUCAUUUCUCCUGUAAACAAGACAGUGUGACUAAAUCUCCAGAUUCGAAAGCAUAUAUACAAGCUAAUGCUCGCCUUAAGUGCGUCUAUUUUCCUAUGGUUGAGGGAAAAGAGAAUAUUGAGAAAAUUUUGGAGAGGUUAGAAUCUGAUGGAUGUGGAACCUCGGAAAACUUUGAAACCUAUAGUCGUGUCUCUAUUCGGAGGCUUGGUCGCCUACUUCCAGAUGCUCGUUGGGCCCGGCUUCCAUUCAUGGAAUUCAAGCAAAAAAAAGGAGAUAAGGCAGACUUGUUGAAAAUAUGUUGUUUGAGAGUUAAAUGCUUUAUCGAGACUGACGCUGGUUUCAAUCCAACAUCUUCUAAGACCAAUCUAGCACACCAUAGUCCUUUUACCACUUCACUGAGGAACUUAGGCAAUCAGCCUCUUGAGAAUGAAAAAGAUGUCAGAAUUAAAAUAUACAGAGAUGGAAACCAUUUAACUCUUUCUCAACUAAAGAAGGAGUAUGAGGAUUGGAUUCUUCAAAUGCAUGAGCGAUAUGAUGAUGAAGCUCACUGUUGUGAAGAUCAACCUGUUCUUGUUGUCAGUCCUGCAAACAAAAAGGCACUUCGCAUUUCAUCCGAAGUUGCAAGGGUUCAUAAAUCUCUAAAGAGGAAAGGAGUGACCUGGAAAUGCGGCCAGAAAAUCAAACUUUUUAGGGGAGCAUGUGCUGGGGUUCAUAACAACAAUGUCUAUGCCACAAUUGAGUAUUUUUUGCUUGAAGGUCUUGAAGGUGACUCUGGUGGGGGGGCUCGAAUUAUUUGCAGGCCAUUAAGUCUGUCAGUUGACAAGGGAUGCAUCCUUAAAAUAAAUGACGGGGAUACCAGUUUAGAUAUUCGUGACUCCUUAUCUGUACCUGUCAGUGUGAUUGAUUCUGGGAAGUGUGUAGCUGUUGAAAGUAAUGAAUGGGAUAACCAGCUCGAGAAACAACGCCAGAAAUCUCCUUCUACAAUUGAUCUGCUGGAUGCAGAAGAAUGUCGGGAGUUGGGGAUUGAUGGGGCAUUGCCUGUGGAUGCCCCAGCUGGAAAAGUUCCUCCAGAAGUAAUUGUGGCUGUUGUUCGUCCUGCCAGUUAUGUCUCUUCUUGUGCGUCAAAGACCCUUGACCAGAAAUAUAUUGCUAGAACUAAUUUAAAAAUGUUUAUGGAAGUUAAGUUCAGAAGCGAUGCUGAGGGUCUUCAAAAUGUUUGCGACAUUUCGGCAUGCGCAGUACCUGAACCACUUAAAGGAAUUCAAGGGUUAUAUAUCUUUCCACUUAAAUCCAAGUACCCAGCUUUGUUUCAAACUUCUGGUGUCUAUACAUUUUCAUUCCAUCUGACUGAGUCAAAUUGUAAGCAUGUUGAGAAAAGGGUAUUGAUCAAGCAAGCUCCAAUAGUGGAGUAUAAAGAGAUCCAAUUCACCUGUCCAAAUGGAAAGGCUCCCGCAAUUGGGACUCCGAAAGUGGAGUUUGAUGAGUUUCAGGUUCAGUCUUUGCAUGGCAAGGUUUUGCCUCUCCAGGAUUCCUCUUCAAUUAAGCAAGUAGGAAACUUAAUGGUUCCUGUAAUGAAAGCUCCAAAAGUGGAGUAUGAUGAGAGUCCAAUCCCUUGCCCAAAUGAAAAGAUUUUUCUUCUCCAAGAUUCAUCUUCCCUUCCACAAGCACAAAACUUGGAGGCAUCAAAUGUGAAUAAGGAGAAGGAAUUGGAGAAAGACAUUCACCAAAGUGGAAUGCAGAUUGGAGAUAUGGAAAAAAAUUUGGAUGCGCUUAAUAAGGAGAAGGCAGUAAUUGAGCAAGAUAUAUAUGUUGUGCAAGCUUCUGUUGAACGUUGCAAUUCAGAUUACUGUUCCAUGAAAGCAGAAUUGAAACACCGCAUAGAAAGCAUGAGCCACACUGCAGCUUCUACACUCUGCAACCUUUUAAGAGUUCCAUCCCAAGAGUCGAGCAAUGAUUUCAUGGGAGGCGUGAUCGGUUUGGUGGCUUUACUUGGUAGUACUGGGAGCAGUGAGCUUAGCAGGAUAUUAUCUGAGUACUUGGGUGAAGAUCAAAUGCUUGCUGUUGUCUGUAGAUCCUUUGCAGCUGCUGUUGCUCUUGAGAAGUAUGAACACAAUGGGGAAGUUGAUUCUAGGCAUGCUCUUUAUGUAGCAGCAGCUAAGCUUGGGAGAUCCAUAAAUGGCCGGUUUCUUGUUAUAAGCCUUGAAGAUAUACGGCCUCACACAGGUGAUUUUGAUGGUAGUGACCCUCAAAGAAAGCUGGCCUUGCCAUAUCCUAUCUUGCCAAGUGGAAAUACUCCGGAUGGUUUCUUGGGGUAUGCAGUUAAUAUGGUUGAUCUGGAUGAGCUUCAUUUACACAUGACAACAGCUGCAGGCCAUGGUCUUCGGCAGACGUUGUUUUAUUUUCUUUUUGGGGAGCUCCAUGUUUAUAAAACUAGGCUAGACAUGUUAGCUGCUCGUGCUUGUAUCAAACAUGGUGCUGUAUCUCUGGAUGGUGGGAUUUUUAAACAAACAGGAGCAGUUUCUCUUGGAUAUGGGAAUCCUGAAAUCUGUUUUCCUGUCUUGCGGAGUGUUGCGGCAAUGAAGAAGAAGAUUGAAAUAUACAAGGAAACGAUGAGCGCGGUCAUUGCUGCCAUAGAGGAAUUUACCAAAGACCAUCAGAAAGCGUUAAAGAAAUUCCACAAGAAAAAAAAGAAGUGGCACGAGCUCGCAACAGUGAAGGAGCGUCGGCUUAUUAAGACUACCUAG